AUGUCCGCAACGUUGUUUUCGGCGGUGGACUCCAUUCUCGUCGCAGAGUUUGACAUUGACCGGGGGUCGUCAUUGACCCACCAAUACCCGAUAGACACCGGCGUUGACCCACAUGUCCUCGCCGAACUUAUGCUUCCCGACGGUGCACACUUGCGGGACGAAGACUGGACGAUGUUUCUGCUGAAUCAGAAGGAAGCGGGGCAGAUGGAACGACCAUUGUUGUAUGUGCUAAAUCUUGUGAGGACAAAACAUAUUUCAACCGUCCGGCGCGGUGCUCGCGUGAAGGCAAUGGCAAUUGCAUCUCGGUACCAGUGGGUGCAUGUAUUCAAGCCUCUGCUUAUCCUCGCAUUAGAGAAAUUUUUCGAAGACCCGGGCGUCAGCAUCCUCGAAGACCUGUUCUACUCCCUCAACAGCCUCGACAUUUCUCGAAUACCACGCCUGUCCAUGAGCGAAAAGAAGAUCUUCCGCGGGACGGAAGACCAUAAGAUUCUGGAUGAUAAGCUCCUAGAGGAUGAACAGAAGGCCGCCGCAGCGUCUGCCCUUAGGGACACUAAGGAUGGCAGGGCGUCGGAUCUGACUGCGAUCAAUGUGGAGGCGGCAUCAAUACAGUCAGAGGCCACGCAUAAACCUACCAAUAAGGACCGGCAGUUCUUUGAAACCGCGGUGCAAUACUCGGGGAUACGUGUACCGUUACGGAUCCCGUUGGUUAUGUAUCGCGAGGAGUUCGGGGAUGUGAGCAAAGAACCCAAUUCCAAAGAGCAUUGGAAAGCCGGAAUUCAAUACAGCUGGCACCCCGACAUCGACUACGGCGCGCAGACACACCCGAUCAUGCUGAUCAUGAACGCAAUCCUGGCCGGGAAACGGGUGCUGUUUCUGGGCGAUAAGAAGCCGAGUGGGGAGGUGGCGAAUUAUGUGCUUGCUGCGUGUGCGCUGGUCGGUGGCGGGGGAGUGAUCACGGGGCUGACGCAGCGGUGUUAUCCGUAUGUUAGUCUUGCCGGGUUGGACACUCUGUUGGCGACCCAGGAUUAUAUCGCAGGCGUCACGAACCCGGUCUUCGAAGAGCAGCAAACAUGGUGGGACGUCCUGUGCAAUGUCAACACGGGCAAGAUUACUGUCAGUCCGCAUCUCAUUGCCAGCGUUGGGAGUCGGGAUAAUGACUAUGCGGGUGGAAGUACGAAAGAAAGGGAGAAGGAGUGGAAUAGGUCGAUGCGCUGGGAGGGGGAGAAUGAGCUGGCUCUGGAAGUAAGUCGACGGUUAAAGAUGCGUUCGUCAUCCUUUGCACUAACCCUCGCCCAAUCCCACGCGAGCGAAUUCACCCUUCGCCAGAAGUUCUUCGACUACGUUCUCCGCUUCACCGAAGUCGCCUCCGUUUACGACCGCGACCACAACGGCGACCGCCAGUCCGCCAUCUCCAUCCAACCGCAACACGUCACCUACCCGGAGAUGGGAUUUGGCACCUAUUUUGCGUCUCCCGCCGCGAAGAAAAAGGAGCUGGGAAUGCUGAUCAAUCGGAUUGGCGCGUGGAUGAGGACGAGGAGCUUUGCGAAUUAUAGGAGGGUGAGUGGUUUUUCUUUUCUCAUUUGA